AACCAAGUCUUCGGAAGUAAGCUGUUCACAUCACAGUACACCUGUACCAACGCGCCUGCCUUGUAAUGCAUCAGGCCUCCUAGACUACUUCUACUUGCUAGUUUACGCCAUGGCAAUUUUCAAUGACCUUGCAAUUGAGCUACAAGAGGCUAUCUGGGAACUGGUACUCCCAACCUCUCGCGGCGUACACUGGGUCGAAGUCGAAGGUAUCCCACACGACCCUGACUUUAUCCGCGACAGCAUUCGCAUGACAAAAUGGUACCAUUUCGACCGCAUACCUGAAACGCAAUCAGACGUGUUCUAUGCAAGGCAGAGAAACCCCGAGUUCGACAUACGCGCCAGUGAAAGCAAGCAAGAGUCGAGUCCCUUCUUUCGCUUCCUCCUUACCACCGUACCAGCUGUUUUGGGAAGAUCAAGGUCGAACGACAGCGAAGCCGUUCAACCUGAUCUCGUCGAUGAGAUAACUUAUACCACCCGAUGUAGGCAACUGUCAACGUACACCCAGAUUACAACACUCCUCUCAGUUUGCCAGCUUUCCCGCAAUAUCGCAAAAAGAUAUGUUCGGGAUAACCGCAAAUGCAGCUGGCCUAUCCGGUGCAGUAUGGGCCCGCCUUACCGACCACGCCCAAUAGAUGACUGGGAAAGGGAGUAUAGCGGCAAUAGAGACCCACCCGUUGCAAAAAAACAUAGCUCUUGGCAGCUACUUACACCUCGGAUACACACGCUCGACCUGGUUAUCUUCCGCCUCCAUGAUAAUGAAGGCCGAGCAACACCACUGCUUAGGCAUGCGCCCUGGCAGUACUGGAUUGAGCAAGGGUUGCAUGGGACAACCUUUGCAUGUUUUGACCGCAUAGGUCUAGAAUGGCAUCCAUCAUGGGCAACUUGGGGGGGACGGCAUGAGCUGCGUUCUGAAAACGUCCAAGCGUUUGUUAGGGGGAUGCAAGAAACUCACUCCCCUGCGACACUGUACUGGCUGGUGGAUGGCGUGCCCCGUCCAAACUGGAACUGCGACUAUCACUAUCCGGCUGUGGUGCGAGACAUCUGGGCAGAGCGAAUGGCUAGGGACAAAGACAGAGUCCUAGAUCAUCUUGAUAUGCAUUGGAACCUGAAACCCCAGGAACAUGAAGCGUUCUUGGCAGAUCAUCAUCUCAAUCAGGAGUUCGAGGCCAACGGACGCCGAUAUUACAUUGUUUUUGUUGUGCUUAGCCAAUUUCUCGCUAAAGAGAGGGAGCAGCUGAGCAAUGCUGGGUUAGGCUGGAGUGGGCCGUUUCCAGGUAGCGCAGCUAGGUGGCCUGAGGUACUUAGAGAACCAGUGCGGCUUGCCUACGACGUGUGUGGGGAUGGUUCUAGAAACCUAGGCACGUCCCAAAGCUUUUCAUGUGUUCUUAGCUGGGAGCCAAUUCAUCGAAGCACACCAAUCAUGAGGCCUAACGGCAUGGAGUCUGGUUGCAUAUGCUAGCGGUCAGGAUAGUAAGAUACAACUAGCCGUACAAAUUCAGGUAACACUUGGACUCCUCUCAUCACCUACCACAAGAUUCUUUUUGUCGGCGGAACCAACGUUCCCGACAUUGGAAUCGCAUUUGGAAAACCGCUGAGGUGCUAAUCCAGAAGUAGCGGAAUGCUUAUGAGUUCGUCACCCUUUGUGAGCAAUAGCAGCAAGACAUCGAGCUGCAAUUAACACUGUGUAGCGUAGCUGCCCGAUCGCGGAGAUUCUAGUGCGACGUAUGUGCGUAGGAGAAGCUAGAGCUACUACAGUAGGGCUCUAGCUAUUACAAAGAGGAUAAGGUUGCGACACUUCAAUACCUAAAUAUAGAAUAUC